GUUUAUAUACAUUGAGAUUUGAAAAAGAUUCAGAACUGGACACAACGCUGUCUUCCUUUUAUACGAUCACAAGACAGUGUAUGCGUAAAUUGUCGUCCAAGAUUAGCCUGUGCAGUUUGCACAAGUCAAUCAGAUUUCGGACAUGCUGGCAGUGAUCGGGCAAGAUAUCAAUCUGACAAAUUCUACGAUGUUUGACAGCGAGAGGGCAUACUUGUACCAGAGGAUGCAGAGGAAGUUAUCAUACGAGCUAGCUAAUAAAAAGAACACAACAAAGGAGGCAGCUAAAAUGGCCGAACGUCUGGCACUGCGAAUGCAAGACCAACUUAGAGUUUGUCUGGUCUGUGACAAUUCUGACAACACUAAAACAGAGCAGUUGAUACGUAAGAACACUGCUGAGGUCCUAGCAAACUCGACUUCGACAACAAAGACUUCGGAAUUUACACUUGACGGGCUCGAAGAAGCAGUUGGACCAGACGGGCAAGGUGGUGAAGAAGACGUGUCCGUAUCUGCAAUAGAGUUCACAGAAAAUGUAUACAUGUAUGAUAACGACGGUACGUCAAGCUUUGUGACGUCUAAUAUUUUGAGAAUAGACACAAAAACGAAGUCACGUCGGAUCACACCGGAGAGAAUGACGUUUUCACAAAACGCCGAAACGCCCACGCCAACCACGAUUACGCCAAACGAAACAGUCAUAGCAGAAGACGCAUCGGAAUUUUCGUAUCACAGAUUUGUAUAUGGCAAAUCCACUGACAACGUUUGCUUAAACGUGGUGCCGUUAGGUGAUAACAAUAUUACGUCGUAUCGGAUGUACUUUAGAUUCCACCAAGCUCCGAGCAUAUUGGACUUUGAUUUUGAUUUCUUGCUCGAGGAAGACGAUGAUUGGCAGCAUUGCAUAAAUGCAAGUGCAAUGAUAGGUCAUACAGGGCUCACCUAUUUCGCAGUCCAAGUCCCUGGAUUCGUGAAAGACAUCCAAUAUAACCUUACUCUGAUCACUGGUGGUUGUUUAACUUGGAACGAGGCCGAAACUAAAUGGGAGACCGACAAAUGCAAUAUGACGUGGAGACCAAAAGAGAACAAAAUAGACUGUCAAUGUACUAACAUCACAGACCUGGUGUUCGCGAAUUCAUAUUUCGUUGCUCCUAAUUCCAUCGACUUUGCUACCGUGUUUCUGAAGUUCUCACCACUAAAUCAAGCAGCAGUAAUGGGGACCUUUGCGUGUCUGUUGCUUCUUUACAUAAUUGGCGUUGUUGUCUUUGCAAGAAUGGAUAGACGGGAUAGGCUGAAGUGGGGCAUAACUGCACUGCGCGACAACCGACUCUCGGGCUCAUCUUAUUAUCUGAUACGGGUUCUAACGGGCAUGCGGAAAGGGGCUGGUACAAGGUCGCGCAUAGCUUUUGUUUUGACGGGACAAAAUGGCGACACAGGAUCUCGGGAGCUGUUUGAUGGAGUUAGGGAGUGUAUAGUUUGGCCAUGA